UGUCAUGGCUGCAGAAUGCAGAUGAUGUCAUUCAUGGUAGACACACCGAGCAGGGCCAGUUCACACUUUUGGAACUUUAAAAAGAAACGUUUUUAUUGGUUUAAGGCAAGUUUGGAUCUGGUCGUCACUUUUGGAGUCUCUCCCGGUCAGUGAACGCACCGUUGCUUUGCUUGGUGAGUGGGUGCUAUUCCCGGUCAAUGCAGCUCCUCUUACAGUUGAGGAACGAGACAAACCGGUUAAGGUGCAACCCUGCAACAACACCUGGCUAUUUAAGGCCUGGGAGCAGGAAGUUCACCAGCAACUUUCAAGCGGCGAGCGAGCGAGCGAGCAAGCAAGCGACGGGUUCGCCACACAUAACACUUCUUUGGAAGGAAAAGGCCAAAAUGCUGCGACAUCUCCCAGAGACGCCCAACCCGAAGAACUCCCUCUUCAACGCCAUGAACCGCUUCCUCGGCGCGGUGAACAACAUGGACCAGACCGUCAUGGUGCCCAGCCUGCUGCGGGACGUGCCCCUGGGCGAGGACGCCGAGCCGGGCUGGAGCUGCCCCAAGCAGGACGUGGACGAGGCGGACAUGUACAGCUACUACCAGCUGCUCAAGUCCAUCCGGCAGGACAUCGAGUGGGGGGUGAGGGUCUCCCCGGCCUUGGCGGAGACCCCGCCGAGGCUCACCCGCAUGAACUCCAACGCCUCCUUUGCCUCCUCCUUGUCCGCCUCCUCCGAGGAAGACGAGUACGAGGAGGAGGACGAGGACCUGCAGAAGCAGUUACAGUACCACCUGGCCGGGCUCCAAGGGGUGCUGAGCAAGUUGACCACGCACGCCAACUCCCUCACCAGGCGCUACAAGCAGGAGAUCGGACUCUAACACAUCGACCCGCAGCCCCAGAAAGAACAUGCAGCAGCUAUUGAAAGGACACGGCAACUCUUGUAAGAUGUGUUGAUGCUGAAUGCAAAUGACUUCUUUGCACUCACAAGCAAGCAUUCAGUGCCAUACGCAGGUGAAACAUAUUUCAAACUUUUCUUUAUUUAAGGCAUAAUUUAUUACCUCAUGCAAGAGAUGUUUAGGGAGGAUCCACCAAACACGAAUGGAUUGUGUAGAGAUGUAUGUGUACAUGUGUGUGUGACUUUGUAUUGGAAGAGACAGAAAAGCAAAGAAGGAAGGAGGCGGGAGGCGCCAUUGAUCUCCUGAUGUUCUUCACUCGCUGGUCAAUGAUUGGAAUGAACUGAUUGUUCUGCUUGGAGAACCGUGAUGGAUUCCGAUAGAUCACUUUUUUUUUUUUACUGUGCUUUACUUUGCACUACCUUUUCUACUGAUAUUUAAUAUGGAAAUAAAGCUUUUUCUAUCAAC